AUGACAAAGGACUUGACCUUCGACGUCCAUUACGACAACGAGCUCGCGCACGAGUACUACGGGGACGGGGAAAAGCUAGCCAAGAAUCUUCGCGUGAUAUACCACGAUCGCGACCUCAAAUUCCCAGACGUUUUCGAUUCCACAUUGACCACUCCGCCUGUACAUUUUCUGUCUGUCGAGGCACCGGAUAAUGUGGAGAUCGAGGAACUGCAGAGUGUGGAAGUACCACCGGGACUUCAUGUUGAUAUUAUUGACUUUCACAUGGAGUAG